AUGUCAGUUAAAAAUGGAUAUAUCAUUCCCCAAACUCCUCCUGCUGACCCUGAUGCUAAAAAGGAAUACGAGUAUAAUGCUAAAGCCAAGCAUGUCAUCCUGAGUGGUCUAACUGAUACAAACUUUGUUAGGGUUAUACAUUGUACAUCUGUAAAAGUAACAUGGGACAAGCUACGUAGAAUCUAUGAAGGAGAUAUGAAGGUGAAGGAGGCUAAACUGCAAAAUCUUCAAGCUCAGUUUGAAAGUUUGAAGAUGAAAGAAGAAGAAAAGAUUGUUGAUUAUCUAAAAAGGGUGGAUGAAAUAGUAAAUGUUGUAAGAGGGCUUGAAGAGGACGUUACAAAUGAAUUUAUAAUCAAGAAGGUGUUGAGAUCACCAACAACAAAGUAUGACACAAAAGUCUCUAUCAUUGAGGAAGCUAAGGACUUGAAAACCUUCUCCAUGGAUGAACUAUUUGGUUUACUGUCACCCUAUGAGAUGAGAAUUGUAAGUGCUGAAACAUCCAAGAGAGAAGCUACCUUCAAUGUCAUUAAGAGAGGUAAAGAAGUAGCAACAAGUGUUGAUGAAGAUGAUCCUGACACUACUGAAUCAAAUUUUAUCAGAAAUUUGAAGAAAGGAUCUAGAAAAUAUAAAGGUAAGUUACCCUUCAAGUGUUUUAACUAUGAAAAAAUAGAAUAUCUUGCUGCUAGGUGUCCUUAUGAGAAGAAGGAAGAUAACAAUGAGGAAAGUUUCAAGGAUAAAGAUAAAAAAAAUUAUAAAUCUAGGAUAAAGAAAUUUCAAAAGAAGAAAAGUCUUUACACCAUAGAUAGUGAUAUCUAUGAUUAUGAAAGUGAGUCAACUAAGGAUUAUAGUGAAGAUGAAAAACAAACUAAUCUAUUUAUGACAUAA